UUUCUGUUUGGGGUGGUUUUAUAAGAUGAGGUGAUAGGGUUCCUGGCUGCUGGAGUUACGUAACCCACUGUGCGUCCUGGGCAGUGCAGGCUCCCCGGCUCUGCCCCAACAAGCAAACUCAGAAAACUGCCGAGGAAGGCGCAGAGCUGUGGCCAGGCUUGCAUGGAGGACCGCUCUUUCUCCAAGUCCCCUCUGGAGUUUGAGUCUGCCCAUGGCAUUGGCCUUUCCGCUCAGGCAGCCCUCCAGGGCCCAGCCUCUGCCAGGACUCUGCCACCAACUGGCUGGGACAGACUCAUGUGACGUGUGCAACAGCACCAACCUUCCAGAAGUUGAGAUCAUUAGCCUGCUGGAGGAGCAGCUGCCCCAUUACAAGCUAAGAGCUGACACCAUCUACGGUUACGACCAUGAUGACUGGCUGCAUACACCUCUCAUUUCCCCAGAUGCCAACAUUGACCUCACAACCGAGCAGAUUGAAGAGACGCUGAAAUACUUCCUUCUAUGUGCUGAAAGAGUUGGCCAGAUGACUAAGACAUACAAUGACAUAGACGCUGUCACCAGGCUUCUUGAGGAGAAAGAGCGGGAUUUGGAGCUGGCUGCGCGGAUCGGCCAGUCAUUGUUGAAGAAGAACAAGACCCUAACUGAGAGGAAUGAACUACUGGAAGAGCAGGUGGAACACAUCCGGGAGGAGGUGUCUCAGCUCCGACAUGAGCUGUCCAUGAAGGAUGAGCUGCUUCAGUUCUACACCAGCGCUGCCGAGGAGAGUGAGCCCGAGUCUGUCUGCUCAACCCCACUGAAGAGGAAUGAGUCAUCCUCCUCCGUCCAGAACUACUUCCACCUGGAUUCCCUUCAGAAGAAGCUGAAGGACCUCGAAGAGGAGAAUGUUGUACUUCGAUCUGAGGUGACGCACACACCCUGCUCUUGCUCCCUUCGAAGGGUGGGGGUGUCCCUCUGGCAGCAGAGCUUUGGUGACAGUGACAUCUGCGUAGCGUCCAUCUGCAGAAGCCCUGCCCGAGCGUGCCCUCCCUGUCCGAGCGUGCCCUCCCUGGCCAGGGUGGCUUCUGAGCUGGCCAUCACAGGGGUGAAGACCGAGGGGUGUAGGCCUUUCCCCUUCACCCCAUGCCUUCCGUGGGGUUCCCCAGCCAUGGCAAGAGAUGGCACCACCCUGUCCACCAGGCCCUUGUCUGUCAGGUUUGGGCCACGGUUGGACCACCUAUUUCUUCCCUUGUGGCUCUUCUGGCCUCAGCCCUGGUGUAGAAAUGGAUGCCCUUGCUCACUCAACACGGCUUCUGUCUUUUUCCAGGACUCCUUGGCUGCAGAAAUUGAGGGAACUAUGCGUAAGGAGCUGCAGCUGGAAGAGCCAGAGUCUCCAGACAUCACCCACCAGAAGCGUGUCUUCGAGACCGUGAGAAACAUCAAUCAGGUGGUCAAGCAGAGAUCACUGGCCCCCUCCCCUAUGAACAUCCCCGGCUCCAACCAGUCCUCAGCCAUGAACUCCCUCCUGUCCAGCUGCGUCAGCACCCCCCGCUCCAGCUUCUACGGCAGCGAUGUUGGCAACGUGGUCCUUGACAACAAGACCAACAGCAUCCUCCUGGAAACUGAGGCAGCUGACCUGGGGAAUGAGGAGCGCAAUAAGAAGCCAGGCACCCCAGGCACCCCGGGCUCCCACGACCUGGAGACGGCACUUAGGCGGCUGUCCCUGCGCCGGGAGAACUACCUGUCUGAGCGGCGGUUCUUCGAGGAGGAGCAGGAGAGGAAGCUGCGUGAGCUGGCUGAGAAGGGCGAGCUGCACAGCGGCUCACUCACGCCCACCGAGAGCAUCAUGUCCCUGGGCACACACUCACGCUUCUCCGAGUUCACUGGCUUCUCCGGCAUGUCCUUCAGCAGCCGCUCCUACCUGCCUGAGAAGCUGCAGAUCGUGAAGCCGCUCGAAGGUUCAGCCACGCUUCACCACUGGCAGCAAUUGGCCCAACCUCAUCUUGGGGGCAUCCUGGACCCCCGUCCUGGUGUGGUCACCAAGGGCUUCCGGACCCUGGACGUUGACCUGGAUGAAGUGUACUGCCUUAACGACUUUGAGGAAGAUGACACAGGUGACCACAUUUCCCUCACGGGCCUAGCUACCUCCACGCCAGUUCAGCACGCGGAGACCUCAGGUGAGAGGUCCCGAGCACUCAGGACUGUCUCAGGCAGCAGAAGUCACUCCAGCCAGCCUCAGGCUUCCCCAGAGGAGAUGCACAAGCCGCCAGCGCCAGCCGGCCUGGAGGAGGAGGAGGAGGAGGGGUCUGCGCACUACCCGGGGAAAUGCAUGUCGCAGACCAAUUCCACUUUCACCUUCACCACCUGCCGCAUCCUGCACCCUUCAGACGAGCUCACGCGGGUCACGCCAAGCCUUAACUCAGCCCCAGCUCCGGCUUGUAGCAGCACUAGCCACUUGAAAUCCACACCAGUGGCCACGCCAUGCACCCCCCGGAGACUGAGCCUGGCGGAGUCCUUCACAAAUAUCCGAGAGUCCACAACCACCAUGAGCACAUCCCUGGGACUGGUAUGGUUACUGAAGGAACGAGGCAUCUCGGCGGCUGUGUAUGACCCCCAGAGUUGGGACAGAGCCGGCAGGGGCUCCCUCCUCCACUCCCACACGCCUAGGAUGGCUGUGAUCCCAUCCACCCCGCCAAACUCUCCCAUGCAGACACCCGUGGCCUCCCCGCCCUCCUUCGAGUUCAAGUGCACGAGCCCUCCCUACAGCACCUUCCUGGCCUCCAAGCCUGCCAGCUCCAUCCUGAGGGAGGUGAGGGAGAAGAAGCACCUGAGGAGCAGCGAGAGCCAGACCGACGUGUCUGUCUCCAGCCUCAACCUCGUGGACAAAGUCAGGAGGCUUGGGGUGGCCAGAGUGGUGAACUCAGGGCGAGCACAUAUCCCCACCUUGACUGAGGACCAGGGACCUCUCCUCUGUGGAGCCACAGGGCCAGCACAGGCUCUUGUUCCUGGGGGCCUGGUGCCCGAGGGCCUGUCUCUGGGGUGCCCCAGUGGCAUCCGACGGAAUCGCAGCUUCCCCACCAUGGUUGGGUCCAGUGUGCAGAUGAGAGCCCCCGUGAUCCUCACCUCGGGCAUCUUAAUGGGUGCUAAGCUUCCCAAACAGACUAGCUUGCGGUGAGGCCAGGGGUCGCUGCCCUCCAGGAGACCAGCGUUUUCCUCUAUCUGCUCCUCGCCUCCUGUCUCCCACAGAGCACUCACACCCUUUCCCCUCUGAGGUCUACUUCUCCUGAGCUAGACAAAUCAACCUUGUGCCUCGUGGGGGGAGAGUAGAACUCCACACGGUGUGUACACAGGCCUUGGGGACCUGGUGUCUGCUCUCUUCCACUGUGCAGGAAGGGAUAGCCCAAAAGGUUACACUCUCGAGAUGUCACCUGAGCUCACCCGGGGGGAAGGCGGCAUCCUUUCUUCUUUACUUUUAAGAAGCACUGAAAUUCCCAAGGGUGUUCUUAUCCCAUGGAUAGGAACCUGGUGAAUCCUGCAUAAGACUGUCGGGUUGCACACCACAGCGCCGCACGGCGCAGGCCACAAUGCAUCCUCAUCCUGUGUCGCUGGCCUCCUUGCCCACCUUGACAGCCCACAGCUCUGCUCACCACCAGAGAGCUGUUCUUCUGUUGUAGGUGGUCCAACUUCAUCAAGAUCCGCUCUGAUGGGUUGUCCGUUCUCAGGUGUGACCCGAAGUCACCCUGUGUCUGUCAUCAGCUGACAGGCUCAGAGCCUGACCUGAAAAGAAUGUAUUUAUGCUCUGACGCACCAUCAGGCAGUCCCUCUAUGUUCUGUGUGACUGAUUUUUUCAUUUUUAAAAAUUUUAUUAGCAGGGAAGUCUCAGUACUGAUAAUUUCUCCUGGUGGUUCUAUGACAUGGAGAUGCAAACGGUGUGCACACUAACUUGCUGAUAACAUAGCUUAUUUCUGGGACCCAGUGUCACAGCCAGGUUGAUGGAUGACCAGUUAUCACUGCAACAGUAGGAUCAAGGGGAUGGGGACAAGAUUGUCAAAUCUAUACACCGUGGAGAAGAGGGGCGAGUGCCCAGCACCUCACUGCACCCUGGGUCAAGGUUGGUCAGGUCUGGUGGCUGCUGGCGCCUCUCCUCUGAAGGGAGCUCAGGCAGCAUGGUUGAGCUCUGUAGCCAUUUAGUGGCUAUUUUUGUUUGUUUGUUUGUUUUGAGACAGGGUUUCUCUGUGUAUCCUUCCCUGUCCUGGAACUUCCUUUAUAGACCAGGCUGGCCUUGAACUCACAGAGAUCCACCUGUCUCUGCCUCCUUAGUGCUGGGAUUAAAGGCGUACUCCAAAUUUUUUUUUUAAUCCUUGUUUCAAAACAGGAACAAGUUUCCUCCCCAUCCCCCAAGCCCUUUGUCUCCUCAUCCCAUUUCUGUCCAUAGGAAAAAAUCAGAGGUGCUUAUGAAUGGGAGAAUGAGAAAGUGAGAGGCGGGGCCUGUUGCCGUCACCCACUCAGUUACAGUUUUAUUUAUUAUCUGUGUGUGCUGUAUUUUAAUCAGAUUCCUCCCCCCAGCCAGAGUGUGUGUGUGUGUGUGUGUGUGUGUGUGUGUGUGUGUGUGUGUGUGAGAGAGAGAGAGAGAGAGAGAGAGAGAGAGAGAGAGAGAGAGAUCCCACCCCAGGUAUAAUAUUUAUUUACUUUUGUCUGAAUAUGACUGUCCAUCUGUGUGUCACAUGAUCACCUGCCCCAGCCAUCUCUCGAAAGGUAGCAAAGCAGCCUGUGUACAAGAAAUUGUCACAUGGACCCUCCCCCCAGCAAGAGAUGUGUCCUUGGAUGGAGUGAGGGUCACCUUAUAUCCACUGAGGAUGCUCUGAGAAGGUCCCCAAGCAGCAAGCUUCAGUCCCGCUAUUUCAAACUAUUUAUUCUCCAAACACCAGAGUGCUGGUUUGUCACGUUCUCCGCUCUCCUGCCUGCUGUGGGUGUGCGGUCACUCCAGGUAACUUACCUUUCUAUGUGAAUGUAUUUGAAAGCUGUAGGUAGAAUAGCAAAGGAGGGUGACAACCACGCCUUUGAACGGACCGUCCAUGUAUUCAGAGGAGCCACCCAUUUGCGCUGGGAACACCAGUGUGAAAACCGGCAUGUUAGAGGUUGUGAUACUUAGUGUAGUUAAUAAACUGGUGAGCAACAUCAAGCAACCACGACCAAAAAGUGUGUUGUAAUGCAUCAAGAUCAACAACAAAAUUUUAUUCGCUAAUGAAUAUCAAUAAAACAAGCUCAAAGGCUGGA